AUGGGAUAUCUGAGAGUGGUCCACCAAGCACAGAUCUCCACCUGCUCUAUACUCUCACCACAGAUUACAAUGUCUUCGGCAAACAUCAUUGUCCACAGAGAUUCUUGCCUGACUUCAUCUGUCAACCUGUCCAUGAAGCCAUACUGCUGCUCACAGGAACUCAGAUUGCUUUUUAUUGCAUUGAUCAAUGUGUCGAUAAUUGUCGAGAGUAGUAUUAUUGGAGGAAAUGAGGUGAAACCACACUUCCGACCCUACAUGGUGUCUGUUCACUUACGCAAUAAACACACGUGUGGUGGUUUUCUAAUUCGACAUGAUUAUGUGCUGACUGCAGCCCACUGUGUAGAUAACCUUGUAUACUCUGGGAAUCAUAAGCUGGAAGUGGUACUGGGAGCUCACAACAUUAGUCAAGAGGAGCCCCAACAGCAAAGAAUCGCAGUGGAGGAAUGCAUCAAGCAUCCCUGUUACAAGAGCAAUGAACGUCCAAAUGAUAUCAUGCUACUGAAGCUGAAGUCCAAAGCAAAGCUGGAAAACGAUGUGCAAGUCAUUGACCUUCCUAAGAAGAAUGAGAACCUUCCAGCCAACAUGAUAUGUUCAAUAGCUGGCUGGGGCAGGACAAAACGGAACAGAACAUCAGAAGUCCUACGAGAGGUGAAUCUCACCAUACAAGAUAACUCUGAGUGCAAGAGGCGUUGGAAAGAUGACUUUGACACAGACAGCAUGAUCUGUACUACUGACCAAAGUGGUGCUUUUUGUAAGGGUGAUUCAGGGAGUCCUCUUAUCUGUGGAAAAAAACCACAAGGAUUAGCUGCAUUUGCCCACACUGACCACUGCUUACACCCCAAUCAUCCAGAGGUAUAUAUGAAGGUCUCCUACUUUCUUCCAUGGAUUAAAGAAAUAAUACACAAGAGAGAGAAUUAACACAAUUGAAGUAACCAUGAUAAAAAAUGGAAGUACAAUUAUCACAA